GUCUGUGUCAGCGCCCAAACGAUCGCAUUCCAAUUUCAAGCUCCCAAUCCCACGAUAUCGUUACCCCGAUGAUUCGACCACCUACUUUACGACACAAUUAAAUCAAUUGGGCCUCUAGAGUACCCUCUAGGCCAGAAAAUCCGGACGCCAUGCAGCUCCGGACAGGAGCCUCUGUGCUCUUAAAAGCCCGCGCAGCCGCCGGUCGACCUUCGGUUUUUUCGCCCUGUUCGGAUUGUCAGAGAGCAACGUCUUUAGAUCUUAGGAUACGUGUUUUAAAAUCGUUAUACCAUAAUACUCCCAAAAGAUCUUCAGCAUGGGCGGCCGCGGUUUCUGUUGCUUCCAAUAUGGUCACUAACGCCGUUACUCGAGCCACUAAGUCCGAACUACCUAUUGACCCUCUACGAAUCGUCGCCAAAGAGAUGAAACAUUUGACUGGAAAUAUUCGACAACUUCUUGGAUCGGGACAUCCUUCUUUAGAUCGAGUCGCAAAAUAUUAUACACAAGCCGAGGGAAAACAUGUUCGGCCAUUAAUAGUUCUACUGAUGUCUAGAGCCACUUCGUUAUGUCCUAAAGCUCCGGAGUUGCCGCCGUCGCAGACCAUGGCCACUAUAGACUCUUCAAUCUCUCCUCUCAGCGUCCUCUCAGACGUAAAUCCUUCAUUUCCUCACGCCGAUUACUCCUCGCAGCCCGAGUCUACCGAAAAUGACGUUCUCCCAUCUCAGCGCCGCCUAGCCGAGAUCACGGAGCUCAUCCAUACAGCUUCACUUCUCCACGAUGAUGUGAUAGACCAUUCAGUCUCGCGACGAGGAUCGCCAUCUGCGAAUUAUGAGUUCGGCAACAAGAUGGCUGUUCUAGCCGGUGACUUCCUUCUUGGCCGAGCAUCGGUCGCUCUAGCGCGACUGCGGAAUGCGGAGGUUGUUGAACUUUUAGCGACAGUUAUAGCGAACCUAGUCGAGGGCGAAUUCAUGCAGUUGAAAAAUACUGCGCGGGACGAAAAAAAGCCACAGUGGUCGGAAGACAUAUUUACCUACUAUCUACAAAAGACUUAUCUCAAGACAGCCAGCUUGAUAUCUAAGUCAUGCCGGGCAGCAGCGCUUCUUGGCAGGGCAGAUAUCAACACAGUCGACGCCGCCUACUCUUAUGGCCGGAAUUUAGGCUUAGCAUUUCAAUUAGUGGAUGAUAUGUUAGAUUAUACUAAAUCUGGGAAAGAUUUAGGAAAGCCAGCCGGCGCAGAUCUACAAUUAGGUCUUGCGACUGCACCUUUACUGUUUGCGUGGAAGACGACACCGGAGUUAGGAACAUUAGUGGGGAGGAAAUUCGAACAAGAAGGCGAUGUGCAAAAAGCACGCGAUCUAGUUUACCAGAGCGAUGGCAUCGAACAGACGAGAGCUCUAGCAGAAGAGUACUCGCAAAAAGCCAUCGCGGCUCUCGGCGCAUUCCCGGCUAGCGAAGCAAAGGACGGCCUAAUAGAAAUGGCGAUAAAUACGCUGAAACGUCAGAAGUAGUACUUUUUUAGACUUGUAUUACCAUCCGAAAAUGCAUGCGAAAGCGUUAGAUGAUUGCGCUCAGGAUACUCGUUCCACGUGUGUGCAAGGUAACGAGACAUCCGCAGACGACGACCCUGCCCAGUUGUAUCAAAAUGUACAAUUACGAACAGCAUACCUACAUAGACAGAACCACCAAACUCAAUUAAUGAGCAAUAAUAGAAGUUAGCUCUUCUAGAGUCGCGUUGUCCCUAUUGUGUCUCCGUCGCUAUUUUACAAGAAGACUUCUCCGUCAGCCCGUUUAGUGAUUACCAC